AUGCUGUCAACUUCAAUUGGCAAGUCUUCUUUGUCAGUAGAAAGGCAAAAUUUCGACCGUCUUACUCUGAAGUCUUCUGAGUAUUACAGCCCUCUAGAGAGAGCUAUCAAGUAUUCUAACUCAAAAGUUGUUUUACAGCGUCUAGUAGUUAUUAGGGAAUUCAUUGAUAUUUGUCAUAGUAUUGGAUAUAACAAAGCAACAGCCACACUAUUACAGAUUACUAAUCGUCUUGUACAAGAUACUGAAGAAAGUGUCAAGACAGGAAUAUUAAGUAUUCUGGGGGAUUUAGCAGGCUUUUUAAUCCAAUCUGAUCCUGAUGAGGGCUAUGAACUUGUUGUUAGUAAUUUAGUGCCUUUAGUAAAGAAUAUUUUGAUUGAUGAUGAUUCUAUACUUGGAUAUGGUGUAAAAGAAGCUGCUUGUGAAGCAGGUAUAAUCCUUUGUUCACAUUUACGUCAUAUUGAUAGAGUACAAUCUAUUCUUUCUAUUUGUCUUAAUUUGGCUAAUGAUAUUGAUCAUGAAGAUUCACGCUGUUUAAGCGCAUGGAUGUUGAAUGGAAUUGCAGAAUAUUUAGGGAAAGAUAUAUGCAAGCAAUACAUAAUACCCCAAAUAAAAUGUUUAGCUGAUGAUCCAAGUUUCCGUGUUAGGAAGUUUACAGCUAUGAAUUUAUGUGAAAUUGUACGUAUUACUGAAGAAUUUGAUAAUAUAUUUGUAACAUUUAAUAAGCUAAUUAAUGAUAACAAUAAUUCCGUUAGAUUAUAUGCUUGCAAAUCACUUUUAGGAUUUUUUAGCUACUUUAAGAUUGAAGAUCUUGGUGAGACUAUCAAGACUAUCUUAUCAUCAUUAUUAAUUGAUGCAGAUCCAUGUAUUAGAUUGGAGUGUUUUAAACAACUAGGACCUUUGAUUAUUCUUUUUCCAAGUCCUGAUUAUGUUCCUAAAGAUUUAAUAGAUAUAUUUGUAAAUAUGGAUAAACUUGACCCUGAAUAUGCAGAAAGGUCAAUUGACUCAUCUAAGAUUGGAAAUUUAGAAUAUGAUACUGAAUCUAAUGAACGGAUAUAUAAUUUAACAGAAUAUUCCAAUGAAACUGAAAUUUUGGGUUUUAAUUUGAGAAAUUUUACAGAGCAGAAGAUGAAAAAUCCAUCUAACUCAAUGUUAAACCAACGUUAUGGUUUUCAUUAUGAAUCAAUUUCACUUUUCAGAGAAAAUAAAGGUAGUACUGAUGAUUUAAUUACACUUUUACCUCUUGGAAAUAAUAUGAGUUUUACAUUUAAGAAACUAGAUGGUGAUAAUCCUGCUUUUUUUUGUUCAUAUUCAUUUGCAACUUUAUUUUCUUAUAUGAGAUCUACUUAUUGGCCUGAUUUUUCCAAUUUAUUAUCUAGAAUAAUCAGUCAUCCUUCCCCAUCAGUUAGGCUCCCAGUAGCUGCAUCAAUGUCAUUAAUUUUAGCUACUAGCCUUUCUUGUGGUAUUGAGAAUCAUGCAUGUACUGUUACAAGUAAUCUACCUCAAUAUGAUUUAUCUACUAAAAAUAAUAUAAUGGAAUCAAAUCAAAGCAAUUCAAGUAUAUAUCUUGGACAAUCAUCAGUUUCAAGUUCAUCUACAAAAGAAAAUGUAGGAUUAAUUGGGCUAACACCUCAAAAUAAUAUGUUCUAUAGUAAUAUAACUAGAUCUCCAGCAAAAAAUAUUAUUGCUGGGAAUCAAUUUAGAUUACCUUGUGUACAAGGAUGCAAAUAUAAAUAUGAACGUUUACCAUUACUAUUGGAUUUAGUAAGUAAAUUAUUAGAAGAUGAUGAUACAUAUAUUAAACGGGCAAUGUAUGGUUGUUUAUCAGAUAUUGUAAAAUGUUUACCUUUUGAAUAUAAUCUUGAAUUGAUAAUCAAGAAACUUCCAAAUAUGCUGAAUAAAUGUAGGAAUGAUUGGAGAUGUAGAAAUAUUUUGGCUAUACAAAUUCGCAAGAUUUGUAUUGAACUUUUUGUAAAAAAUAAGGAAUCUAUUAAAGAUUCUAAAUUGCCAAAAGGUGAUAUUACAGAUAGUUUACUUUUGGGAAAAUACACUAGAGAGUAUAUAUCUCCAGUAGCAUUUUCUUUAUUACUCGAUCCAGUAUCCACUGUCAGAAUGACUGCAAUAAACUGUAUAUCAUCACUAUUAAGAUUAUCAUCACCAUUUAUAUGGUUUUUUUUCCAAAAUGGAGGGACAAUACAGGAACUACCUGCACAACUUAAACCUAAAAAUAGUAAUUGGAAUUCGAAAAGUGUUAAUUCUAAUAAAAAUACUUCAAAUGAAAAUACUUGUUUAAGGAAAACAGAGGAUUUAACCUCAACAAAAUCAUUCUCAAAAGUUCCUUUAACAGAAAGUACAUCCAAGAUUUUAUCAGAACCAAAGAAUUAUAAAUCAUUGAAUUUGGACAAUUCUAAUAACAUUAUUGGUUGCAAUAUAAACUCUCCAGAUGACUUAAGAACUAAAAAACUGCAUAAUUUACUGGUUAUGGAAGAAAAGUUAGAAAAUUAUGAUUUAAAGAGUGAACUGUCACUAAUAUGGUGUAUUCUAAAAUCUUUUGCUAUUUCUCCCAAAUAUUAUCAUAGACAAGAAUAUGUUAGGAUGUGCGAUCGUUUUAUACGUGAUGUUCCACGUGGACUAUUCAACACAUACUUUCUAACACCAUUAGUUAUACUUACUUCAGAUCCAGUGAAAAAUGUCCGUAGCAUAUUAUUACGAAUUAUUGGUCCACAUAUUAAAGAAACUGGUAGAUUAGCUCAAUGUGGAAAUCUUGUAACUGCUUGUAAGCUUCUAAAUAAUACAGAGAAUGAUAUUGAAACUAGAAAAUAUCUUGCUAAUCUCAAUUUCCUUCCAAAAAGUGCUUUAAAACGUUUUGAAACUUUGUCUUGGAAAGAUAUUACUAGCAUAGCAGAAUGUGAAACAACAGACUCUAAUACAUCUCCAAUAUAUAAUACUUUAUCUAAUAAAAAUACUUCGAAAGAUUGGAAUGAACAACCUUUAAUUAAGUGUUUUAAUCAAUAUUGGAAUGAUGUUAUUGGCUCACAAUGGUGCCUUGAUAAUGUUCCAGGAUCUGAAUUAAUCUCUGCAUCCCCAAAAUUUCUUGAACAAAUCAGGAAGCCCUACUAUUCCUUUGAAAGAUGUUUUGAUUUGACUCUUGAAUAUGAAAUGAUGCUUUUAGAAGUUAGACCAAACUUUUCACCUACAAAUUCAUUUUCCUGUGCACCUAUAAUUGGUUAUGAUACUAAUGUUUUAGAUUAUGAACCAUAUAGUGGAUCUCACAAUAAUAAAUGUUCAAUAAUCCCUCAUCGUAUAGGACUUAGUAGAAGACUCCUGAAUAACGAUCAGUUCUAUACUCAAGCUUUGAAUGUACUUUAUAGACCAGGAAUCCCUAGGAGUGCUGCUAAAUUCAUAUGUCCUAUUGGAGCUGAAUACAAUGAUAAUGAGAUGAUAGAAUCAGAAGAGGAGACAAUAAUUGAGACAAAGAAACCUGAAUCCAAUACAGCAGAACAAACUAGAGAUAUGUGUGAUCAGAAACUUCAUGCUGCUUCUAGGAAAAUAUUCAUGAUUGAUAUUGCAAGAGCAGCUACAGAAGAUAUAUUUUCAUAA